AUGGUUCUGGUCGCUAACGCGGGACUUCGCACCAGGUCCGGUACGUUAGCCCACUAUCUAACCACGACGUGCCCGCUGGCCCGGAGCGACUACUUCAAGCCGAUGCGCGACAGUGACAUCGAUACGAGGCACACGGCCAGCACGCACGCACUUCGCCACGCGCGCGACUGCUCCCCGGUGCCGCCGGAGUGCGACUGCCUCCCGACCGAGCCGAUACCGCCGCCGGAGCUGUUCGAUUUUUGA